CGUUGUGUCGAACGACAUGACUCGUGUAUAACGACGUAGUGUGUGCCAAUACACGAGGCAAAAUUCAAGUUUAUUUUUGCCCUCGUUUCGACGAUAUAUAUAUAUAUAUUAACUUUUUUUACAUUUUCCUUCAAAUUUUUUUCUACUUCAUAUAUUCUCUCACGGACGAUUUUCAUAAUUAAAACUCUGUGAAUAAUAAACAUCGUAUUGAUAAGAUUUUGAAGGAAACAAGAGUUUGUACAUAUGUGUUUAAUAAGCGCGUUACGAAGUCGUGAAUUUUUUUGUCUCCCUACCCCAACAAAGAGGUAAACUGGUAAACACGUCGAAUCAGCUGAUCAGUGUCACAACGAACAAGAGACCCCUCAUAUAUCUGUUAUCCAUUGUUUCGUUGGGGAGGGGGUUUAUUAUUGGUUAUGGCGACAAGCAGCUCCGACGGUUCUUGUACAGCUCCUGCGGACUUUCAAUUAUCCUCGGAACUCGAGGACGUCACAAGUCGUUUGAGCCUGAAUUUAUUAAAGUGUCCACUCUGUCACAACAGCAGACGAAUAUUUUAUUGCAGACAGUGCAUACAAAAUGGGGAUUUCGUUCAUUCUACCUCUGUUUAUUCCGAACGGUUUGCGGAUAAACAGCUACGGCUGUUACGGUUGAAAGCUUCAAGGGUGCAGUUGGAAGAAAGAUGCGCAGAUGCGUUAGAAAAACUCAAACAAAAAGAUAAAAUGAUAUGUGAUAUUAGUAUGUGUAAAGAACGAGUGAGGCUCUUGCAGAUUCUGGUCAAUGAAACAAAACAGAAUAUAAACAGAGGGCAUCAGAGGCUGAAUGUGUUGAAGGACGUGAACUCUCAGCUCGUCCUUAGACUACCCAGACACGAGGAGAGAAUUGAUAAGUUGUACAAAUUUGUGGAAGACUUGAAAGUUUUGCAAGUGCAGAAAAAAGAUGCAGUUGAGAGAAAGAGGCUUAAGCUGAAGAAAUUUGUGAGAGCAGCAGCAAGACAAUUAACCGAAUAUAUUUUUCCGCUCAGACAAGUCGCGCCCAAUAGCAGUUCGUGUAGCAGUGAAGACGAGAAUUUAAGUUCGGAUAACGUGACGUGCGCAUUGGCAGACGCUUCAGGGACUUCAUACGUAAGAGGACGAUGGAUUAGUGAAACUGAGAAUAGUUUAGACGUACAGCUUCGUAUCGUGGCUUCGACUCUGCCAGGCUCAGGAGACUACAGUGCUUAUUCUCUCUGGGUUGCCGCUGCCAAAGAUGAAAUUCCUGGAGUGAAUAAAGAAAACGCCAUGCACAAUCCUGCGCAUAAUAUUAGCGCGGCUCUGACGUAUGCCACCCAACUAGUUAAUAUAAUUGCCUAUUACGUCGACGUUCGAUUGCCCUAUAAAAUUUCUUGUUGUGAAUUCGGCGUUGGCGAAAUGUCCAGUCAGAAAUUUGCUCGAAAAGUUGCAAGACUAAAUAGCAACGUUCUUCAUCUAUGUUUCACCCAGAACACUAACACCGCCGUGUUACAUCCGAUGCACACGUUGCAAAAUCUCAUGCAUUUGCUCAAUACAAAUAUUAGCGAUUUCGGAAGGAUUGGACCCAUGGAACUGGAGCAGAAUGUUUUGGAAGAAAUGCACAGUCAAUUGGCACCGGAUCUUGAGAAUAGUGAGGAUUCCACGUCGGAUGAGGAAGGGGAUGCUUUCAAUUUUGAAUGGGAAACUGUGCCUAAUGUACCUUGUCCGGAGAUGACAGUUCCACAUCCUGGUGCGAUAAGUUCGCAAGCUUCUAGUAUCCAAGUUAAUCAGAGCGUAGCCGGUGGUUUGGUGACGAGUGCAGCUGCGAGUAUCGCUUCAAUCUGGCGUGGCUGGACGACCAAUAGAUAAACGAGCCCAACGAUAAAAAUUCGCCAACUUUUUAAAUCGCCAUGGUAAUGUCGGAACCGUAAGAAAAUUAAAUACAACUUACGUGGAUUCAAUGAUCGUUAUAGAAAUACGGAAUACUCUAUAAUAGAAAACGUGCAAAAGAAGAAAACAAAACAAAAAAGGAGCCGCAUUCCAAGAUCGUUUUUAUUAAAAUUUAAAUCACGGCGAUUGAUUCAACAUCGAUUUACAAUUUGAUGAAUUAAAAAGGAAAUGCAACAAUAAAAAUAACUAAAAAAUAAUAAUGGAACCACCUUUCGAGCCGAUUAUAUACAUUUUAUACUGUGGAAAUGAUCAAUUACUAUUUCUUUUCAUAUAAAUCGAAGCCCAAUAAAGAGUUUAGGAUUUUUUAAAAUCUUGUCAAAUUCAUAACUGAUACGUGAUUUUAGUCGUGCUUCGACCACGGUAUACAUUGCACAAUAUUAACGAUAGAAACAAUGACAGGAUUGUGUGAUGCGAAAACAAAUCGAUUGAUAAACUAAUAAAAAAAAAUUCAUUACAAAAUACGCGAAAUUCGAUCAAACUUACGUAGAACAUCGAUGUAAGAUAUGUAGAGAGUAGAGUACGCAAGAUCAUAAGUCUGUGGCACUGUAUCUAAUCAACGCGUUGGUUUAUAUAAAGACAUAUGUGAUAACAAAAAUUUCUUUACGACUUUAAGGAUACACUCAAAUACACGAGCGCGCGUAUACACCAAACACAUACACAAUGAAUGGAGCAUUCCACGUCAAAUCUUGUAUAUCAAUGUCUCCAUUCCAUAUGGAAGGUCCGAAGAUCAAAUUAUUUUUUCUAACCGACGACACGAAAUCGUUCAGUGACCAUUAAUAAUACUGAUGUGGUAAUUGAAAAUGAUUUUGAGCUCAAAGAUAUUUUAUUUUGACAUAUUCAUAAUAAGCGGACGACAGGGCUGUCAAUGUGCUUGUCCCGAUACUCUACCGAGUCUCUUGAUAGAAGCUCCCUCUACUUGCAGUUUUUUCGAUUUUGCACUUUUAUUUGGAAUUCUAAAAAAGGUUCGAAUACAAUUUGAAUGAAUUUGACAAAAAAACGUAUUUCACUGAUGCAAUAAAUCAUUUAUUUAGAAACAUUGAACGAAUGAAAUUCAGGAAUACCAAGAUCAUUCAGAAUUACUAAACAGGAAUUUCCAGGAUCCAUCCUUCAAAAUAUAAAUGUAAAUUCAGGAGUUUGGUCUUGAGGCGGAUGCAAAAUAAUUCUUGGAAGUUUUUAAAGAUGGAUUUUGAGUAUUUGUUAAUAUAAUUGAUUUUUACGCCUCUCAAUACUUGUUAUCUUGUAGUGCCUACUUCAUAAUGUUUGAAAUUUCUACGGAGUCUCUUUAUUGAAAACGAUUUGACGUGCAAUGUUUCAUGCAUAUCUAGUAAUACUUUGUGAUUUUUUAAAUACUGUGACCAAGAUUGGUCCGGACAUUGCCGUUGAUUGUCAAGUAGGAAAUGAUAUUCCACGCGUUUUCCAAUCAAAAAACCCUUCUCAACUGUCGCCGUCUCUUUUUUGUACUUCAUCGAGAGUGAGAAAAAAAAUGGGAUAACGUAGAAAGGAUAAUCCACUGGGGAUGAAGUACUCACGGAUGCAUUAGAAUUCUCAGAGUGAAAACUUAUGAUCCCUCCAUAAUGCAGCACAAAUUCGUAUUUAAAAUGAGAAAUACGAUAAAAGUACAAUUCGAUAGUCUCCUUGAUGAUUUUUUAACGACAACCUCAUUUCGUAAGCUCGGGUUAUUCGAAAUUGGGAACUUAUACAGUUUUUAUCCUUGUACUCCACACGAUAACGAUAAGUUUUCCCAGUUGGCAAAGAUACCGAUGAUACCUUAACGAAUAAAAUAAGACGAAAAAGCUGUAUCAUCGUGAAGAUUGAAAUUGUGUAUUAAUUACACAUUAUUUAUGAUCGUUUUAAUGUAAAAAAAUCUAUAAUGUGAUAACUCGGAUAAAAUAGAAUGUGUUUUUGUAUCGUGAGUUAUUAUAUACGUGUUGUAAUAAUAAAAAAGAAAAGAAAAAACAAAAA